UUCUCUUCAUUUCUUCUAAUUCUUCUUCUUCUUCUCUCUCUCUCUCUCUCUCUCUCUUUUUCUUACAUACAGUCUCACACUUGCAGCUAGGCCUACAAUUCUUUCCCAAAACUACAAUGAGAAAACCUUGCUGUGAUAAACAAGACAUGAAUAAAGGGGCUUGGUCCAAAGAAGAAGACCGAAAGCUCAUUGACUACGUCACUAAGAAUGGUGAAGGUAAAUGGCGCUCACUUCCACAAGCUGCAGGUUUGCUUCGUUGUGGGAAAAGUUGUCGAUUAAGAUGGAUAAAUUAUCUAAGGCCAGACCUCAAAAGAGGAAACUUUGGUGAAGAUGAAGAGGAUCUCAUCGUCAAGCUCCAUGCUCUCUUGGGAAAUAGGUGGUCCCUUAUAGCUGGAAGAUUGCCGGGGAGGACAGACAAUGAGGUCAAAAAUUAUUGGAACUCUCAUCUGAGAAGAAAGCUAGUGAGCAUGGGAAUCAAUCCAGAUAAUCAUCGAAUUAACAGCGUUUCUAUUCUGCGCCCACAAUCAGUCAAAUCGAUUCAUCAACAAGAUGCUUUAACUUCUCAAGAACCAGAUCUGAGCCUUAAACUUGCUGCCUCUAAUCCCUUGGAAGAGAUGAAGCAAAACUUAGUUUAUAGUACCGAUGCAAAAGAGGACAUCGCUGUCAAAUCCUCCACACUUCUUCUCUUCAAAUGAUUUGACGCAGAAUUUAACCAAGAACUAAUGACGUAUAAGGAUUUGUAUUUUGAUAUAAGAAAAGUGUUGUAAUUAGCACAUGAGAUCUACACUCGUUGGUAUUUAUAAAACGAGUUGUCUUUGUAGUGUGCAAUAUAUAUUUUUGGGUAAACUCAGUACUUG